GCGGCCAUGUCCCGCACACUCAACGGGAUCGUGGCAGUUUGCCCCGAUAUGGGAAUUGGCAGGAAAGGACAUCUGCCAUGGCAUCCCAAGAAACUCCGCAAAGAAUUAAAAUACUUCCAGAAGAUGACAAUGACCACUACAGUGCAAGGUAGAGAGAAUGUGGUGAUCAUGGGUCGAAAGACGUGGUUCUCCAUUCCAGAGUCGAACAGACCCCUGCCCGACAGGAUCAACAUUGUGCUCAGCAGGAACCUGAGGGAGCCGCCAGCUGGUGCACACUACUCAGCCUCUGACUUUGGUUCAGCGCUCCACCUGCUUGACACAAGUGAAUUAGCAGGAAAGGUUGACCAGGUGUGGAUUAUUGGCGGCAGCUGCCUAUACAAGGAGCUGAUGGAGAGCUCCCACCACCAGCGCCUCUUUGUGACCCGGGUCCUGCAGCAGUUCCACUGCGACAUGUUUAUGCCCACGAUCAGUCUGGACAAAUACCAGCUACUGCCUGAGUUUCCAGGUGUACCACAGGGUAUGCAGGAAGAAGAGGGGAUUCAGUAUCAAAUUGAAGUGUAUGAAAGGAGAUCGAACGCAAGCACUGCAAGCUGAUCCAGAAUGCUCUCAGAACA